GUGUUUGAGACUCAGUUUGAGUGUCAGUGAUUCAGUGACACGGACAGAAUCAUCAUCAUCAUCAUCAUCAUAAUCACUGUAACAGCUUUACGAACACGUUUCACUCACUGGAAACUUGUAUCAGUCCCAGCUCGGAUCGUAAAACUGAAAGUGUGUGGGAAGUUUGUUGAACACUACAUUUCAAGAGUCUCAUUUUGGAUUUGUUUGGAUUUGCGCGUCUGCGCCUUCAUGUUUGAGACUCUGUGAACUUCAUCAAAGCGCGUCACGAUGUGUCAGCAGAGUUUGUUGUGGCUUUUCAGUGUGUUGGGCUUCUGCGCUCGGACGAUUGGGGCUCAUGAGUGCGCACCGUGCGCUCUGCGUUCGUGCCCGCUGGUCAGCGCGCUCGGGUGCGGUUCGGGUCGGGUUCUGGCCCGUGACCCGUGCGGCUGCUGCGAGCAGUGCUCCCGGCUGGAGCUCGAAUUGUGCGGCGGGCCGGACUGGACUCUGGGCUACUGCGGACACGGACUCACCUGCGCGGCGCUCAACAGAACCGGACCCGCGGUCAUACCUGAGACAGGUGCCUGCAGAGCGGUACCCGACGCGACGGAUGCGGACGAGGAGGACGAGCGCUGCCCGCUGGUGAGCGGAUGUGAGCGUGUGGACGGACAGUGUGUGUGUGAAUCCAGACGCUCCUGCAUCCGGGCAUACAGCUAUUCUGACAGAGACGCGUGCUUGCAUGCUGGGAAAACAGGGUCUCGGCGUCACGAUCACAGACACAGGUUUGUGGGUCCCGUGAACCCGGCGUGUGUGUUCUCCGGCUGUAAUCUGACGGCCGACGGCUGCGUUUGCUCGUCUCAGAGCUGCGUCGAUCACUUCACGUACGCCAACCGCAGUCAGUGCCAACGAGCCGCAGAGGAUUUGAAGUGUGCUGGAAUCACAUGCCCGCCUCUGCCCGUCACCGACUGCCCAUCUGAUUCAGUUCUGACCCGCAGUUACACGCCGCCUGCUGGAUGCUGCCCGACGCUCCCUGCUCAGUGCGCAUGUGAUCGCUGUCCGCCUCCUCCGGCCUGCAAAGACGGGCGUGGGGCAGUGCUGCUGAAGGAGGGCGCCGGAGCACCGGGAAACUGCUGCCACACCUACACGUGCCAGAGAGUUUCUCCCAGGUGCGUUCAUAACGGGAAGGAGUUUGUGGAGGGCGAGGUGUACCGUAUGGACCCGUGCUGGUUGUGCCAGUGUCGAGGUGGAGUUUCGUUCUGCUCUAAAGUGGAGUGUGCCGAGCUGGACUGCGACAACUUCUAUGUUCCUGAAGGAGAAUGCUGUCCCGUCUGCAUAGAUGUGGAGCUGCUGUCGGUGGAGAGCACGAAGGCGAGCUGCUGGGUGAAUCACAAACUGCGGGCGCACGAGGAGCAGUGGAAGGAGGACGACUGUACCUUCUGCCAGUGUGUGGACGGAGAGCCGCACUGCACCGCCAUGGCCUGCAAACAAAGCUGCCAGAACCCCGUCAAGAUCCCAGGAGAGUGCUGCCCCUUCUGUGAGGAGCCGUCAUAUGAGACGGUGAGCCCGCUGCUCUGCCCACCGUUGGAAAACUGCUCUCUCUCUGGGCACGACUGCCCGUUCGGCUUCCAGCAAGACCCCAGCGGCUGUCUGCUGUGCCAGUGUGUCAGCAAUGAAACCUGUCCUGAUGUGUCUACGUACUGCUCUCUGGAGUGUCCCAUGGGCUAUGAGAAAGACAACUAUGGUUGUGAAGUGUGUGAAUGUAGUGCAUCUACACCAAAGUGCCGCCCCAUGACCUGCAGCAAGACAUGCCCUUAUGGACACAUGAGGAAUAAGCACGGCUGUGAGAUGUGCCGCUGCGUCCGCUGUCCGCCCUUCACCUGCGACAAACACUGCAGCGACGGAUACAGGAAGAGCAGGAAGGGCUGCAGCGUCUGCGAGUGUAAAGAUGCAGACAGACGUGUUUCCAGCACCAGCGUCUCCGUCACCGUUUCUUCCAGCUUCUGUCUGACGGCCGGCGGGCGGCGAUUCGAGGAGGGCGACGGAUGGCACGACGGCUGUCGGGACUGUUACUGCCACGCCGGUCGAGAGAUGUGUGUGCUGAUCACCUGCCCCGUACCCACCUGCACACAUCCUGUGCUCCGACCGGACCAGUGCUGCCCCGCCUGUGAGGCAGACGAGUCGGGCAGCGGUCAGCCGGAGGGUCCGGAUCUGGUGGUGUGUCGUGCGCCGGGCGGUGAGCUGUACGUGGAGGGAGAGACGUGGCGUCUGGACGAGUGCACGCGCUGUACGUGUCGACAGGGACGCGUGUUGUGUGAUUCUGAAGCGUGUCCUCCGGUUCUCUGUCACACGCCUGUCAGGAGCAAAGACGGCUGCUGCUACGUCUGUCCAGAGGACAAACUGGAGCCGCUGCGUCCGGUCAACGGCAGCCGACAGCAGUUCUGCGUCUCCGGCAGUGGAGAAAUCCUGCAGGACGGGGACUCGUGGAAACCCAACGCCUGCAGCAGCUGCGUCUGCCGGAACGGGAGCGUCCGCUGUUUUUCGCAGCAGUGUCCGGCCGCCGACUGCAGGAUCCCGGUGCUGCGCAAGGGCCAGUGCUGCCCGCAAUGCAUGCUGGAGAUCACGAGCACGUCAGUGCCGCUAAUGCUGUCGACGGCUGUCACCGAGAGCCGGAUCACCGCCGCUCCACCCAUUCUCAGCGCCACAGAUGGUGACGGUCUCUCACGGAACGUCCCGAGUCAGACGGAGAUGACGCUCAUCUACCAAUCGGCCGCCUGGAUUCUGGCCGGCAUCCUGCUGGCCGUCGUCAUCUUCCUCAUGGUGGCCGUCCUGGUGAACCGGAGGAAGAACUGGGUUCAGAUGUCCUGCUACGGCGCGCCCAAGAAGACGGUGAUCCUGCAGAAACACGUGAACAAGAGUUCGCUGGUCUACAUGGAGCCGUCCAGAGAGAGUCAGUUCCAGAGCGUGAAGAGCGACGGCGCCGCGAGCUUCCCGACGGACGCCAGCGGAGAGCGAAUGGCCAUCCCGCGCGCCAGACUCGCCAACGGACACGUCCAGCGCUAGCGUCGUCUCGCGCCUCGUCUGGACGCUCUUCAGAGGCCCGAAACUCCACCGAACGCCGGCGACUCCUGGAGCUUCGGCCUCCGACCAAGUACUGUGAAGCGACCGACAUCUCGUGCUUUAUUUCGUGUUUUUGUGAUGUCGGGAGCGUCGGGACGGCAGUUUGACAGACGUGGAGAUGUUCGUUGCGUUCCGUGAUGGACAAACAAACCAAACGGACCUUCAGAGACAUUGGUGUGAUUCAUACGGACCAGAGAAAAGAGUUUUUGAUUCUAUUCCGAGGCCUUACGGGACAGACGCGUUUCCUGACCUCUCCGGUCUGUUUAUUCAUUUGUAUUCGUUCAAGUGUUUUACUUGUAGUUUGUUGUUAGUCGCUCGUAAGCCUCGUGACGGAGCGGCGGCCGGACUAAAAACCUUCCCUGUGCGUUCGAGACAUUUUUGCAGUUUAGUUUCAGUUAUUGGACCGAGGACGUUUGGCAUCGUGAACAACAGGAAGUUCGUAUAACGUUUGAGCCGCUCGCAGGGGAUUUACAGCGAAUGAAAAAUGUACAAAAACCAUAAAAAUAGUAGAGGAAAGUAUCUUAUUUAUUUUUUCACAUUUAUUUAUUAAUACUAAACUCUAGUAAGUGACUGAUUUGUGUCUGGUCUGUGAAGUUGCAGAGAAACCCAAAGCUGCUGUACAGAUUUUAUAAACCGUCUGUGCUUUAUAUCGCAUCUUAUUUAUUUGAUCUUUGCCACGACUCAAUAGAUGUUCAGCUGUAACAUGUACACUUGUUUUUGAAAUAAAAAUGGAUUGUGUGACCAA